AUGGGACAGAAAUAUUCUGUUGUUGUUGAUAUUAGUCAGAAUAAGAAACUUGGGAAUGACACAGAUUGCUAUAAUGACGGCAGUGGUAAUUUGGUAGGUCUCUUUAGGAGGGACCAUUACACUCUAGGUGGUGAAAAAUUCCAUGGAUUCAAGUUCUACAAGCACAUAUUACCAGAUCAGACGUUCAACAGUUACUACUUCACGGAAAUUCGCUACGCAUGGACUCCACAGGACGAAUUUCCUGGCCUAGAUAAAUAUUCAAGUGUUUCAGUAUACUACUGGGAAGCUGACUAUGACAACCUCUGUCCCCUAUUCCUUGAACUGGGUGACAUUGACCAGCAUCCCAAGACUUUAUACAAAGCCUCUGGCAUACGUAGUAAUGACUGGACUAAGCUCGAACAACAGUCUCAUGACACCAUAAGAAGGGUCUUCAAAAACACUGUGGUCAUCAACCUGCAAAAAAGUGAUGGAAAGAACUACACUCCAUAUCCCUCAAAAGAUGGCUUCAAGGAUGGAAAUGAGAUUAGUGAAACAAAAUUUCCCAGAAUGACGGUGAAGGAAGAGAAAGACAAACCCUGUCAAGGCUACGUCACCAUUACUCAGCAACUGGAGGGGAUACAACAUAUGAACAUUCUCUCAACGUGGAACACUCACAAGAAUAACCAUAUACGCUUCAAAGAGUCCAUCGUACAAAAUAAGUACAAGAGUGCCAGGAUCUACUACAGUGCCUGCAAUACUGCAUACGGUGGUGGAGAAAGUACUGGAGACCCUAAUCUGAAUAAUCCUCUCAUCUUGGAACUGGUGAAAGAUGGAGAAGGCGUCUCAGAAUUUUACACCAUCAAGAAUCAGAGAUGGGAGAAGGAUCCAAAUAUAAAUACGAAUAAUUUAAUUGAGAAACUAGAUGAGCAAAACUGCAAGUUUAAUAACAUCUUUGCAGUGGAUAUCUCCAAAACUACUGAAAGCUACUCAUGUAAACCAGACUGCGAGAAACAUGAGAUUACUGUAUCAGAAUAUCCCACUGGAAAUAUUCCUGGAUACGGGAACAUACAGCACGUUCCUAAACAAGGCUACGGUGAUAUACUUGGUAGAAUCAAGAAAGGAAAGUCUUCCCUUACACUGGAAGGACAGGAUUUUCCAAUACCAAGAGUCUCUCAAGUGCUCCUAUACUAUCCAAAAUGUAAUCCAAAAGAGCCCAUUCUCCUCCGUAUCUACCAUGGAAACGGGGGUAAUGAGUGGUUUAAGAGAGCAUCCAUUAGUGGUAACAAAUGGAUAAGAGCAACUGAAGAAGAGGUAAACAAAAUAUCCACAGUAGGCCGCGCCGGGACACGUGUCAUUAGGAAGGUACUAGAUGACCUUAACUGCUACCUCAAUCAAGCGGUUACUGUGGAUAUUACGCAAAGCAAUUCUACGAAUAAAGUUAAUGGACAGUAUUGUUGCAAUAACCAUUACCAUAGAGGGGCUGAAAAGGUCUCUGUUACUGCCAGAAAAGUUGCUAAUACUAUUGAAUACUACAAACAUGACGUUAACACUUCUGAUGGAUCCACAGUUGUCGCUAUCAAGUAUUACGAAAAUAGUGAUACCAAUACCCCCAGUAAAAGAAUAAAACUCGGUGGCCUUAUCUUACCUACCAAAGAGUCAGUAAAGGUCUAUACCUUCUACAGCAACAAGAAGAAUCCGGUACUAAUUUACUUGGACUAUGACGGACUAAAUAAAGAUAAUAUUAGGGGAUGGUACGAGCCAAAUCACUCUGGCGGUGAUCAAUGGACAAGGUUCUCCAGUGUACUCCCUGAGGAUGGUCCAGAUAAUAUCAAAGCUAGUACAAGCAACUUGUACCAAGUCAUUAAGGAGCUAAAGUGUAGAAUCUCUGGUCCCGGUGGAAUAUGUGAUACAAAUUCUAGAGUGAGAAUAAUCUUUGAACCUACUUCAUCCUCAUCUCCAGAAUCGGCUGCUUGUGGUCAGGGUGAUGGAUAUGGAAAUGGUCAAGAAAAAUCUGCUUCCGGUUGUGCUAAAGUCCCUCCUGUUCUAAAUCUUGGUCCAGUACAAACUCAAGAAACCGAUAAAAGUACAGAAGAACGGAAACAAGGGGACGACCAGGAUGAAGAUGUAGAAAAACACCUUGACGAUCCUCAAAAACAGACUCCAGACUCUGGACUUUCUGAAGAGGUGAAGAAGGGUCUUGAGAUUGGUGGAUACACCCUAGGAAGUAUAGCCACAGUGGGAACAGUAGCUGGUCUGGGAAAGGCGUUUUGGGGCACCAUAGCUGCAAUAUUCACCGUUGCUUUGUAA